CAGAGGGAUUCAGCUCUGACGUGUCUUCAGAAGAACUGAACUGAGACUAGUGAUAUACAAGACUCUUUUCGGUCUUUGCCACACAAGGAUAAAUCUGCCGUUAUAAAGUUUGACCACAGUCGUUUGAGUCGUUUUCGGUGCUUUGUUGGAUCUGGAUACUUGCACAUGUGAGUUUUCCUCCAGCAAUGGAACCCUGGCCUAUCAUGGCCUGGGGCCUAAUGCUGACCGCCAUCAAUGGCUGGAUAAAAAUUUCUCAAUCAAGAGACUUUACUGAAAAAGACAUUAUUUUCCUUCAUCCCUCAACGACUCCAUAUCCAGGUGGAUUUAAAUGCUUUACUUGUGAAGAUGCACCUGACAACUAUGAGUGCAAUCGCUGGGCUCCAGAUCUAUACUGUCCAAAAGAGAGUAGAUAUUGCUACACACAUCAUAAGAUGAGCUGGAAUGGGACCACAGUGACAGUGAAAAAGCGUUGUGUGGCACUGGAAGACUGUCUUGCAACAGGGUGUACAGAGAUAGACUAUGAAGGAAACAAGGUGUGCACAGCCUGUUGUGAAGGGAACAUCUGUAACAUGCCCCUCCCACGAAAUGAGACUGACGCCAUCUUUGCCACCACAUCCCCCAUUAAUGAGAGCAUACGACCGGCACAGAGUCAUAUGCUGCUGCUUUCUGUCUGUAUCAUCAGCCUGAUGCUCCACAGUAUUAACUGAGAGAGUCACCCAUAGUGGAAUAAACCUUAAUGGCAUUAGCUUUGUAAAUCAUUUGAGGACAGCUGACUUGUUGAGGACAGCUGUGGGCUUCACUUUUCUUAAAAUUUAAAUGAAAGUGUUAAUUGUUUGACUUAAGAAAAAAAAUUCAUGAUUCCCACACUAAUACCCAUCCAUUUUCUAUAUCCGCUUAUCCUAUGUAGGGUCGCAGGGAUGGCUGGAGCCUAUCCCAGCUACCUCAUGUCGAAGACAGAGAAACACCCUGGACAGGUGGCCAGACCAUCGCAGGGUUUACAUAAACAGACAAGCACAUUUACACUCUUAAUCACACCUUUGGGCAAUUUACAGUUUUAAGUUUACUUAACCUGCAUGUUUUUGGACUGUGGGGGAAACUGGCACACCCAGAGAAUGCAAAAAUGCAAACUCCACACAGGAAGCAGAAAGAGCGGGACUUGGGCCUUCUUGCUGUGAGGCAACAGUGCUAGCCUACACUAAUUUAUACUAUAAAAAAUAUAUAGUCCACGACAGGGACUUAAAACAAAGUGUUUUUCAUUUUGGUUUGUUCUGAGCAGUAACUGUAUUUUUUCAUUUAUGUUUUCAGGCAACAAAAAGCAUUGUAAUUCCAAAAAUGUAUUUUUUGAUCUUUGGUUUCAUUCAAAAAAAAAGACGGAACGAACCUAACCGGUUAUUAACCAUAUACCAGCAUUUAAAAAAAAAAUAAUAAUAAUAAUUCUGAAACAACUGGACUUCAUUUCUGUUUUCAGUUACGUUCCUGCAAAAAUGUCGUUCUUAUUGUUUUUUGUUUUCGUUCCUUGAACCGUUUUUUGAUCCCUGGUCCGAGAUGCAGUACUGUAGGACUGCUUUACAACCAGGUUCAAAAAUCUGUUUUUGGAGCCAUUUCCUUUAGCCUGUGUGGACUUGUCUAUUGGGCUCUGAGUUUUACCAUGACACAGGACAAGCAGAGUUGAGGUGGGAGGUGGGGUAUUUAUGGCAAACCUGAAACAAAACUGCACAAUUUUGUCUUUAAUCAAUGUGAGUUGUGUUUUUUACAUUUGUAUAGAUAUAUUUAUUUUUUUAUUCAUUUUUUGUAGGAGGCUGAGCAUAAAUGUAGAAGUCAAACUAAUUUUCCAUCCAAACCAGGUAACUCCUCUCAUAAUUGUUGUCGUAGAGUAUUUUGGUCAACAUGGGAAAAGGGCCUGGCACCUAAGAAACAAGCUCAGCGAUUCAUCUAGAAAUAGUACUUAAAACAAGUACUUCCUCACUCCUAUAAAAAGAAUAUUUUGUUUUAGUUUUUGCACUCUUAUGUGUUCUUUAUGGCAACACAUAUUCUUAAAGCACUUUUGUACAUAUUUUUGUCAUGUGGUUGCAUAGUGACUUUUGAAGUUUUUCUAAUGACUUAUUAAUUCUUCAUUAGUAUUGAGCCUCCACAAUAUAGUCUACAGUGAAGGGCUUUAUUAUUAUGUAUGUUCCUUAAACACAUUUGCCAGUCUAUUGUUCUGUACUGUAACAUUUCCUUAUAAUGAUUCUUGGCUGACAGUGUAAUCAGCAAAAAAAAAAAAAAAAACAAAUGUUGAAUUUGCAGCUACAGUGUUAUUUUAUUCAGACUUUAUGAUUUAUUUAGGCUAUCUGCCCAGUUGUGAAUGAAGCUAUUUCCUGUCUUUGUCUUCUGUUGAGAUAUGAAAACUAUUGUGGCAUUCACUGAAAUCAGUUUGUUACACCUUAGUAUAAAUAAAGGGCAUGGUGAACACAGAAGGGCUAAAGAAUCUACUUUGUAUUUACUCAGGUAAUAAUGGACCAACCAGUGCCAGUUAACUAAUGAACAGAACAUUUUUAACCUGAGUAAACCCAGCCAAACUUUAUGAAGGUUAACUGAGGUUAACCGCAUAAAACUUGUCUCAGAAUGUGCUGAUUUAAAUUUCAGCUCUCCUCUGCUCAGAUUUUUAAGAUUAUGUAUAUAAAAAAGUUUUCAUCAGUUUUACUCUCAUCUCAACUAUAACAAAAUAAUAAUAAUAAUAUAAUUUAUAGUAAGUUUGCAUGAUUUUUUUCUAUUCACAAAAAUGGGACCGCUGCAUGCCAACAUGUGCCAAGGCUUGUUGUAAAUGCUUUUUUGUAAUAUUCCUGUGUAUUCUUGUGUAAAUAAUUUUGGAUAUGCUUUGUAAUGUUAAUCUGAGGAUGUUUUAAAUCAAUCCUGGUGUAAUUUUGUAACACCUGUGGUCAUUUCUUACUGUUGUAAUGAAUUAAAUUUAAAUCAAGAACGUUUUCCGUUGCAUUGCUUACUGAUAAUAAAAAUUAAUCUUG